AUGUCGUGGAACGAUCAAAAUUCUCGAAGGCGCGGUGUAUGGAGCCAUUGGGUGCCGCUUGCAGUUACCGUGACUGUUGCGACAGUUGGUCUCGCAGCCUGGGUUUGGAGCCAGCGCAAAGAUGACGAAAAUCCCGAGUCCGAUCACCUAGCCGGCCUUGACUACGACAAUGCCGAUUACGGCGACAAUCCGGCCUAUGGGACUUCCAGAGGACCUAAGCCGCCACCAAGCAACGUUGGGACCGAGACCUACGGCACCGCCGAUGUCUCUCGAGAUGCCGGCGCGGAGACGUCGGGCGCGGACACAUGGGGCGCGCGUAUGUCGGGCGCAUUGCGACGCACGCCUAGCCCACAGCAAUUCUUCGAGUCUGCUGGAAAAACCGUCACGGCAGGUGUUGCUGCGGCCGGCGCUGUGGCAGGCCGGGCGCUAGCGGCCAUCAGAGAGGAAGACAAGAACGCUUACGCCGAUCAUGAGACGUGGUCCGAGGAAGCUGAUGCCCGAAAGGAGCGAACUUCGGCACCAAGAGAGCCGGGCAAGCGUAGGAAGACCGUCGCAAUUGUUGUGUCAGCAGACAGCGGCGGCGACGACUUUGACGAUGAUGGUUUCCACGAACAUGCUUCAAUCUUGUCGCACAUUCCGCGCUAUACCGAUUUCUCUAGCAUCAAGCUCUUCGUCUUGAUCUAUGCCCCCGGUCUCAAGGAGGCGACGGGCGAAUCCACCAGUAACCUUCCGCCACCUUCGCUGAGCUCGUCCUUCUCUAACAUUGAGCACCACCAAGCCCAAACUCCAGGAGACGAACCGUCCAAGAGCCCGCUGAUGCACGCGUCCUCAACAAACCCGGCGUUUAACGCAGUCUACUCUCAGGCCCUGUCUCUGGUUGAGAAGGAGACUAUGGUUCUGCCCUUUACCACCCCCAACGGGCAUACCCAUAUUCUACGUCACCUGCAGCCUGAGAUCGUCUACCUCCAGGAGUCUUUGGCGGGCGACAACGGCAACCUGGUAUCCAACCUCCAGACGUGGCUGCGUCACGAGAUUAUUCUAGUUGUGGGCGCUGAGAGUGGACAUGGUGGCCUUGCUGACAGCGAGUCGGAGGCGGAGAGACCCACCAAGGAGGAAAGGUGGUGGCAGCGACCGGACCGAGUUGGCCGGGGCCGGGGUGUUGUCGUCGUUGAUGGGAUGAGAGUUCAUGAUGACUGGGCGCGUCGUGUCCAGGGACAUGAGUAA